AUGGGUCAUGGCACGGAUAAGUCCUCGUUUGAUUGGCAAUACGUCACGGACAUGAUGGUUCAAAGAUACGCUCAUACGCUAGAGAGUGUUGUUUCUACGGAUGUCACAGCAAAUACGAAGCAAUUGCACGACGAUCUCAAGUUGUUGGAUCCAUUCUUCAACUUUGGAGGGCGAAACAUCACCGCUGAGGCAGAGCGUCGCGCAACCCAGUUUAUUCCCUUCAGAGCCCCGACCCAAGGCGUAGCAGCUCAUGCUGUGCGUUCCAUUGCAGACAGUGUCUGCUUCACACUAUUGGAGGCUUUUGAUGAACCGGACUAUCACACAGCCGUGUCCAUAAUUCAAGACUUGAUUAACUACCUUUCCUGGACAACCUUGAAAGAAUGCCAGGGCUGUGCGGACAACGAAGUCUGCGUGAUACUUAUUCGGCCGAUGGGCAUAUCGGAAAACUGGGGAAACCCGACAUUUCAUGAUAUCAAGAAUCCUGGGGUGGAGUAUUGGGGAUGGGAUUUCGUCCCGGGGCCAACGGAGCUUGAUGAUUCAUGA